CUUUGCUACAGACUUCUUUACAUUUUGGUUUAAACUAGAUCAUGAUGUAAACAAAACAAAGUGCAAUUCAAUAUAAAAAACCAAGUCAUUACUUAUAAUAAAAAAGGGAGGAAUCAUCAAUGCAAUACAUAUUAAUAUCAAAUGUAUUGAAAUAAUUACUUGGUGAUUUUCUGAUAGAUGUUGCUUUUGAAUCAGCAAAAUGAAAUAAUUAAAAUAAAUGUAUUUGGAAACUAUUUCAAAAAGAAAGAGAAGGUGAAGAAUAAUUGAUUGGAAUCCAUUCAAAAUUUAUAAAAUAUGGAUGAACCUUUAGACUUGAGUUUACCUUCUGUAAAGUUGAAAAACACCAAUUUGAAUUCGUCUGAAACAGAUUUACCUCUUGAUUUAUCUAAGAAAAGAAUUGACAAUCCUCAAAUUAUUCAAACAGGUCCGUUUACUAACUCAAUCAUCAAGAAUAUCCCAAAUUUCAGUAACAGUAAGAGGUCUAAAAUAAACAAAGGUUGCGGGCCCUCUUCUAUAUCCUAUAUAAAUCCCCCCAAACCCAUAAAUGCCCAUUCUUGUAUUUCUGUUCGAAAUACUUAUUCAGAUAGUUAUGAAGAUGGGCAAGAAUCCUCGGAGGAACCAUUCGAUUUCAGUUGCCGAUACUCAGAAACUAAACCAUUAAAUAAUAAUGGACAGAAAAUUGGUUCUAAUAACAACUACAAAGGAAAAAAAUCCAAAAGUAACAAUGGAAACUAUUCAAUGUAUGCAGAAACUGAUUUAGAUCAACCUACUGACUAUUCAUUGAGAUAUGCUGAAAAUGAUUCUGAUUCUGAUUCUGAAGUUUGCAAUAAUAAAGAAAAAGCAGCUACAACUGAAUUUGUGGGAGAUACAGUUAAAACUUACUGUACUGAAGGUACUCCUUAUGAAACCCCUUUCAACUUUUCCACCUCUACAUCUAUGUCCGAUUUGAGAAUAAGCGAGAAAACUACUGGUGAGGGUAUGGACAUUCAAGAUGAUAAAGCGAAAAUUCAACAGGACAUUACAGGAAGUGAUACAAAUGAUAAAAUUCCUGAAGAAGAGAUUAUAGUGACAGAUGACCAACCUCAAACGCCAAAAAUGAAAACAGAGUUCAACUCGGGCCUAAUUUCCCCAGAGAAACCAAUGAAUUAUUGCGAGGAGGGUACUCCAGGGUAUUUCUCGAGGGUCAGCAGUUUUGGAUCACUUAAUUCAGCUGCUGCCGGAUCAGGGGAAGAGAAAUUAUCAGAGGACAAACAUAAGUGCGAAAAUCAACAGGAAACUCCAAAAAGCGACAAAAUGCAACAUAAAUUACCUGGCAGCGAAGUUAAAAUGGUGAAAUUCGAGAAUAUUGUCAACUAUUGUGAAGAGACGCCAUUGAUGUUUUCACGAUCUAGUUCUAUGGGAUCUAUAGACAGCAUAGAACAAUCUAUGCAUGAUGAUCGGAGCUCCGUGAUUUCCGAUUUUAGUCGUUUAACUAGUGGUAUCAUUUCACCGAGUGAAAUUCCUGAUUCUCCAACACAGACGGUUCCACCAAGUCCAAAACAAAGGAAAUCAUCCGAUUUCGGUAUUAUAAGUAGACCAUCUGGUGACAAGUCUUUGGCGCGAAGAUCUUUGCCCACAAAAUCAAGCAUAUUCGAAGACGACGUCACAAAGUUCAAAGAGGAGAAUACACCAGCCCAAUUCUCAGUAGCUACCAGUUUGAGCAGUCUAACGAUUGACGAUAAUGAUGAACCUCAGUUGCAGGUUGAACCAAAUCAGAAUUCUGUCAAUAGGAGUAGAACUCGUGAACAAGAUAAACAUACAGUAGACAAAGAUACAGAAACAGAUGGAGCUGCAUUUCAUAGUACAAGGGAGAAUAUCCAGAACAGAUGUUUCCAAGUGUCCGGAAGUGCACAAUUCCAACCUAACUUCCAAGAUUCCAAAAGCUCAGUGUACAACCCGGGAAUGUCAUCAUUUUCUCCAAGAGCGUUGCCCCCUUCUUCAGCUGAUGAUAAUACAACCCGUGUUUAUAAUACUGAAGAUACACCUGCUGUAUUGAGUCGCAACGGAUCCAUUUCCGAAUUGAGUCUGAGUAAUCUUUCUAUAUUGGACGAAGAACCCACUACCAACAGGGCUUACUUAUCGGAAAACAGCAGUCAGUCCUCUGGAGGACGUAAGAAUAAUUUGGACGAGAAACAGUUGGAGGCAUCUAGUUCUAGGCAGGAGAUGGAAGAAGUAUGGGUAAGAAGAGAAUCGAUCAGUAAAUCGAACUCCAACGCAUACCCUGGAGAUUUACCACCGUACUUGUCAUCUAGAGAUGAAUUUUGUCAAUAUGCAGUGGAAGAUAGUCCUGUACAAUUUUCCUUGAGGUCUAGUCUUAGUUGUUUGACUUUUGAUAGUGAAACAGCUUCUGGAAUACUAGAAUGCAAGACUGACCCAUUGACCCAUCAACAUAGUUUUUCAACGGAAACUUCUCAACCUCCUGUUCAAGCUGAAGAAAGCUCUGUGGUGAGUGUGUCUGAACAAACCGCAGAGGACUCGGUAGAUGGCGUUGACAACCAAGAAGUUAGAAGUAUUUCAGCGUCUUCGACUCCUUCCGUAAAAAAUCAAGAAACAGAAAAAGUCGUAGCAAAUUCAGAUGAAACAUCGAGUGAUGCUGUUAUAAACAGAGUAGAGAAUAUAAAUGGUCCGAAUGAAAUUACCAAAUCGUUCGAACUGAAAUCUGAUGAUUCUAGGUGUAAUAGCAUGAAGAAACGUAAGUGGAAAUGGAAGUGGCAGUUUGGUUCUGAAGAUGGUCAUCAAAGCGAAAGUAGUGAGAGCACACAGACAGACAAACAUUCAUCAAAUAAUGAAGAAUUUGAUCAAGGAAGAAGGAGUAGAGUUGAUAAAAAUAAUAUAGGAAACUUGGACGCUAGUUUUAAAAAAAAGAAGUGGUGGAAAUGGAAGUUUGGUUCUAAAGAGAAAGAAUCGUUCAGAGCACCUCAAGAUAUAACACAAGACCUGGUUUACGAUAGUGUUAUAGAUGAUCAGCAGAAUAGAAUAUCAAAUUUCUUGGAGGAAGAAGAACCUAAUCCGAAUGAACUUGAUACAAGGAGUAAAUCAAAGAGAUGGAAGUGGAAGUGGAAAUUGAAUUUCAAAGAAGAAGAUCGUUCCAAAACUGAAAAGUCUUUGCUAGGAAUGACCAAAUUGAAGCACCAAGUUAGUCCGGAGGUCACUAAGGAACCAAUCUUUCUUAAUGACGUGUCCCAAUCUAGAGAAUUCACAAAGGAAAUGAACUCUACCAUCAAAUUAUUGUCUGGACUAACUUUAACAGACGAAUCAUCCGAAAAAUACUUACACGAGAAGUAUAAUAUACCUGUCAGAGAGAAAUUAGACACACCGGAGCCUUCAGAUUCUGAGCAUUCGGUGAUUUUCGAAGAGCUAGAUGAACAAAACUCAUCUGCAAUGAAUGAAUCAAACAACAAGAUCAACGGAAAUGAUGACGGUGGUAAGCCAGCAAAUUUUGCUGCAUUGGUGGAGGAAUGUAUCCAGUUAGGCAUGCCUAAAAAGAAGAACACACCAGAAAAGGCCGCUUCUCAAAAUUGUUCACCAGAAUUAAGAACUGUUCUUUCCGAGAAGACGAUCGAAUCGACUAAGGACCAAUGCAAUAUUUCACAAAAGAUUAUCGCUAAAAAUCCUAGAGCUGCAUUCAAAGAAUGUAUUGAAUUGGAACGAAAGAUAAGCAGUAGUUCAAAUGGAUAUAUCGGAGAUAAUAGUGAUCAUUCAAAAUCUAGCUAUCAACAACUGGGGGGACGAAAGACAGGCGAAUUUACCCAGGACUUGUCAACUAGAAUCGGAACAACUAACUUCGAGUCUAAUUCACUCAAUAGACUUUCUCUUGGUAAAGAGCGAAGAAAAGUUUUCAAGUCUGAUGAUAAUAUGCUGAAAACCAAUCUUGGCGAAACGGCAAAAAGAGAUAUCCAUUCGAAUCUAGAUAGGCUAGUUUUCAAUGAAUCUUAUGGACCCAAAGAAAUUAUUGUUCUUUCUAAAAGGGAAAGCAACAAAUCCAAAGUAUCUGAUCCAAUUACAGAAUUCAGCAACAUUAACGUGACAAAACAGGAAACUUUGAAUUCCCAACCUAAUAGAUAUGUUCCCGAAACUUGUUUUUCAAAGGCAAGCCAAGUUAUUCCGAAGAACGUUUCCGUACAGAGCAUAUUAACAUCAAAACCUGAGUCUCCCUCUAAUUUGCCUAGAAAUACGGAUUUUGCUGCAAUAAUUGAAGAAUGUAUUCAAUUGGGAAUGCCCAAAAGGAAGGAAUCCUCCGAUAACACACUGAGUCCCACUCCUUCACCAUAUCUGGUUAAUCAGUAUGUGAAAAGAUGGCCAGAAUAUUUAUCUAAAAUUUCUAGCGAAAACAAUAAAAGUGCCUCUUUACCAAAAUCUUCUUCACAUCAUGCAACUGCACGGAAUUAUUGUGGAUCAAACGAAGAUUUCACCACAGCAUGCUCUCAAAUGAAGAGGGAUCUAGUUAUACACAGCGCUCUAGAAAAGAACAUCAACUGUGAGGGUAUAACCAAAAAACCUAAUAUGCCAAAGGAGCUAAAGGAAAUUGAAGUUAAAACAGGGUUUGAUGCAAUCGUUCCUAAAAAAGAAUGUAAUCAAUUCAGUUCGGGUACAACACAGGAAGAGGAGGAUUACGAACAAUCAUUUUAUGCAAAUGUUGGGGCUACUAAAAGCUAUUUGGAUUUGCCAGUCAGGAAACAGUCAUCUCCCGAACUGAAGGCCAAGCAUGAAUCUUCACCAACAAGAGCAUUCGAUGCAGUUAAAGGAAAUAUUUCUCCGGUUGUUGAAGAUUGGGUCAAGUUAGGCAUUCCAGCUAGGAAACUGAUUGAAAUUCGUGGGUCGUUGGACAGAAGGGGUUCCCAGGAUAUGUUGAAGUCGAAAGAUGAAGUUGUUGAAGGUAAUAGAAUGGCAGAUUCUGAAGAUGAAGCUGUUUAUGCUAACACAACUGAAAGAUACAUGAUCUUUCGGAAUUCGCUCAGUCCAAAGGGUAAUGCCAGUAAUGAGAAAGCAUAUUCUCCAAUUUUGCAUGACAAGAAAAACUCAGCUAGAAGUGAAUGCUCAUCCGAGCCCCAAGAUUUUGCCGCUAUAAUAGAAGAGUGUAUUCAAUUAGGAAUGCCUAAGAACAAAGGACUAUCUAGAGAAACUUUAAACUCUAAUUUAUCGUUGUGUUCAACAAAUUCCAGGUCUAAUUCAGCAACUAGAUGCACAGACAAUCUCCAAAGAAUAUAUUCUGAAUCCAACAGAAGCGUUACUUUACCGAAGGGUACAACGUAUUUUUCCAAAUCGAAAAAUUAUUAUUCUUCUAAUGAAGAUUUCAGUAGAAAUGGUUCACUGAGAAAGAACACUUUUAAUGGACACAAUACUGCAGACAAAAAUUAUGGGCAAGACCAGUCGAAUUUAGCAAAGAUGGAUUCUGACAGGACAUCUCCUCAAAUUAGUUCUAGGUUGGUGUCUACAAAGAACAAUACCUCCCCUAACACUCAAGUUGAAAGAGUGCCUCAAAUAAUAGCAGAUAUGGCCGACUGUAUCGAAAUUAAACAAGAAGAAGAAGAACCAGAAGAAUCACUAUAUGUCAAUGUCAGCAGGCAUCCAGGAUAUUCGAGGUGUAUGACUAAACAAAUUCCACGUUCGCAAUAUAUUAGUCCUAAAACUGAGAUUUCAAAAUCCAUUACUUCGAAUACUAACGGAAGAGACGCAACCGCCUGUGAGCCGAGGUACUCUGCACUGGUGGAAGAAUGUAUCAAACUAGGAAUGCCAUCUAAAAAAAUAAAUGACAUUCAGAAAUAUUUGAAGAAUGUUUCUCCUGUCAGUCCCAAUCAAAAUCUAGAUGAAAGAUUGGUUUUCAUGAAUGGUAUCGACUCCGAUCGGUUAAAUUGUGUGAGAGGGUCUGACAGAUAUUCAACCUACAAGAGCUCAAUGUCAGAAUCUGGUGUGAACAGAUCUGCGAGAGCUUUGGUUCCAUAUAAUUACAAGCAAGGUCCUGCAAGUGUUCAUGGUGGUGAUUUGGACAGUAAAAUAAUCAUAAAUACACCUUCUAGUACAAUAGAAAAAGCCUUGGCUGAAUGUAUUCAGAUGGGGUGGCCGAAAAAGAAAGACCUUGACAAGAAUCCUUCUCCGAAAUUCCCUAAUGUAAAUUUGAUCGAUAGAAAUGUGAAAAAGACUGAUAUAACCGUGUCAAAAAACGUAAAUGUUGCGUCUGUUGUCAGGAACACGCAAAGACAAUAUCUCGAGCGUUCCCUAUAUCCAGCAACGAUGACAGACGCAAAGGACGAUUCCGAACAUCCAAACAUGUACAAGACAGACGAAGAAGAGACAACAGACAAGGAGAAGAAUGGAUUUGAUGGCACUGAUUGGAAAUGUUCUUCAUUUUAUAGAGACGAAAUCUGCUGUGGUCUUGUUGACGAUCAAGUGGAAUCUGAAAUGAGUUUUGCAAGUUUGGCUGACAUCGAUGUCAAAUUGUUAGAUCCGCAGAUUGUGUUGGAAUCUCUUGAAAAGUACACUGCCAAAUUAAUAUCCGAAGCAGAAUCGAGACUUAGUUCCCAAAAUGCCAAUAGUAGUUCAUAAAAAAUUAACCAAAUGUAUUUUUAAAAUGUUGACAUUGUUUCAUUUACAAACAAAAUUACAUAUUAAUUUUUCAUGUUUUCCAAAAGUAAAGAACCAAAAAUAUCUAAAUAUUUUGAAAUUUUGUAUUUUAAUUGUUGUUGAUUUUGUUGAUAAUAGGAAAUAAAGAUAUUUUUAUAUUU